GGCAACGACGGCGCAGCCCGGCCCCGGCUGACGGACGCUUGCGACUCAGACAUGGACAGUAGCUGCCACAACGCGACUGCCAAAAUGUUAGCUACUGCUCCGGCCCGGGGCAACAUGAUGAGCACCUCCAAACCCUUGGCUUUCUUCAUCGAGCGAAUCAUGGCGCGCACCCCAGAGCCCAAGGCCCUGCCCGUCCCCCACUUCCUUCAGGGAGCCGUGCCCAAGGGGGACCCCAAGCACUCUUUGCAUCUUAACUCGUCGAUCCCCUGCAUGAUCCCCUUCGUGCCUGUGGCGUACGACACGAACUCCAAGGCGGGAGUGACGGGCUCGGAGCCGCGCAAGGCGAGUCUGGAGGCUCCGGCGGCGCCCGCGGCGGCGCCCGCGGCGCCCGCGUUCAGCUGCAGCGACCUGCUCAACUGCGCGCUGAGUCUCAAGGGCGACUUGGCCCGCGACGCGCUGCCGCUGCAGCAGUACAAGCUGGUAAGGCCGCGUGUGGUCAACCAUUCUUCCUUCCACGCCAUGGGAGCCCUGUGCUACCUGAAUCGGGGUGACGGCCCGUGCCACCCGGCAGCCGGCGUGAACAUCCACCCGGUGGCCUCCUACUUCCUCAGUUCCCCUCUGCACCCUCAGCCCAAAACGUAUUUAGCUGAAAGAAAUAAACUGGUGGUCCCGGCGGUGGAGAAGUACCCCUCGGGAGUCGCUUUCAAAGACUUGUCCCAGGCUCAGCUGCAGCAUUAUAUGAAAGAAAGCGCUCAGCUUCUGUCGGAGAAAAUCGCGUUCAAAACCUCUGACUUCAGCCGAGGCUCUCCUAACACCAAGCCCAAAGUUUUCACUUGCGAAGUGUGUGGAAAGGUCUUUAAUGCGCACUAUAACUUAACCCGUCACAUGCCAGUGCACACAGGAGCCAGACCCUUCGUUUGCAAAGUGUGUGGAAAGGGCUUCCGGCAGGCCAGCACCCUGUGCAGGCACAAGAUCAUUCACACCCAGGAAAAACCUCACAAAUGUAACCAGUGUGGCAAAGCAUUUAAUAGAAGUUCUACUUUAAACACGCAUACCCGGAUACAUGCAGGCUACAAACCGUUCGUGUGUGAAUUCUGUGGCAAAGGAUUUCAUCAAAAAGGGAAUUACAAAAACCACAAGUUGACCCACAGCGGGGAGAAGCAGUUCAAGUGCAAUAUCUGCAACAAGGCUUUCCACCAGGUUUACAACCUCACCUUCCACAUGCACACUCACAACGACAAGAAGCCCUUCACGUGCCCCACGUGCGGCAAAGGCUUCUGCAGGAACUUUGACCUCAAGAAGCACGUCCGCAAGCUACACGACAGCAGCCUGGGGCUGGCUCGCACUGCGGCUGGAGAGCCCGGCACGGCCCCGACGCCCCCUCUACAGCAGAUGCCGCCCGCCACCCUGCCGCCUCUGCCGCCGCCGCUGCCGCCGCCCCCUGGUCCCCUGCAGCCCGGGCUCCACCCGGCCCACCAGUGAUCAAGGCCAAAGUCCCCUCCCAGCCCCAUUCGGGUCCCCACUACCGAGGCAUCGGGGAAAUGUCUGCAGACCCCAGGGCGUGUUGGGCCCCACAUGUUAGCGCCUAUCAAAAGCCUCUGCAUUUCCCCCGCCUUUCGCCUCUUGCAUGCACCUGCUGAAUGGUUCUGUGUAUUAUAUCCUAUAUACGCACUAACGAUUAUGAGAAAAUUGGGGGUCUUGUUUUCUGAUUUUUUUAAACUUGGAAAAAAGACUUCAUCUCGGGUGGAGAGAUGGUGUUUUGUUUCUUCUUUUUUUUUUUUUAAACGAAAUUCUGCUGUAUUUAUUGAGAUCUGUAUUAUCCUACCCGGGAAUGCUGCACCAUUUUAAUUUUAUUAUUGUAUAUAUUUCCAUUGUGUUAUUCUGCGGUCUCAAGAUGCCUGCCGAUGGUUUAUUAUCAUUUCCUCUUUCCCUGAGGUAACAAGACACAGUGUGUAUGUUAUAUACACACGCAAAGAUGUGUGUGCCUGUAAAGGCACAUUCCACAAUCGUGGGCGCGCGUGCACACACACACACACACGAGAAAGGUGGCUCAUUAUGGAUGAAUUUGAAUUUUGAUUUUGAAUCUUGCACGUGAAAAUUGAUUCAUUGGCUGUUGGAAAUAAAUACUUGGAACAUGCUUAU